GGAAGCCACAGCUAAGCCAUCCAUCUUGUAAGAUCCGCUGCCCACAAAGCACCCUUGCGAUAUACCACAGACAAGUUGCCCAAUGCCCAUGACAAGAGCGACACGCAACCUUUCUAGGGUACACUUUGGGGUUUUCAAGCGGUUCAGUGCAGCUUCAUCCUGGAAUACGCUGACAUCCACGCACCUCCCGCCUUGUCGACAUCAAUCUUCGUCACCUUCGCACGAUCAUCAACAAGAUGUAACUCCUUACGAGUUUCGAGGUGUUAUGCGAAAGGUUCCUUCACAAGUCGUUGUUGUAACACUCAACGCUCCUGAUACGCAAACAAAGCACCUUGGAACUACCUGCAGCUCAUUCACAUCAGUUUCCCUGUAUCCCCCGACCAUCUCCUUUUGCAUUCGGUCACCGUCUCGCACAUCCACCAUUCUCCAAGACCGCCUUACAGCCCAUUUUGCUGUCCACAUUCUUUCCAAACACCAAACUCAACAUUCGCUCGCGUAUUCGUCCCCUAAAACUCAACACCUGUUUAAUUCCUUCCCUCACCACAUUGAUGCAUCGACCAAACUUCCUAUUUUACAUAAUUGCUUGGGUGUUUUGAUAUGUCAGCCCAUCAAGAGUGUUCGCGUUGGUGACCAUGAGACUUGGUUUGGGCAGGUCAAGAGGAUCGUCCAUGGAGUUGGGAGUGUCAGCGGUGAAACACAGAUGGAGCCACUUGUCUACUAUGAGAGUUCUUAUAGGAGUAUUGGGGAUGAGGUAUUUAUGGAGCAGGUUGAAAAGGGUGCUUUAUCAUUUGAAGAAUGGACACAUCGGGCCCAUUUGAGAAUGGCAUGGAUAUAUCUCCGAGAAGCUGGAUCAAAGGAAGCCGCCUACCCGUAUAUAAAAAAAGCAAUCUUAACUCACAAUGCAACCAACGCCCACCUAAUCAGACACCCAUACAACGAAACGAUCACAAGAUUCUAUCUCCAUUUGAUUGAUCUGGCUGUACGAAAUGAUAUCCAGUCGGGCAACACAAAGUCGAACGAACCUUGCGAUCCAAUUCCUGAUUUUCUAGAGUUUUUAUCAAAGCAUCCCUUUUUGGAGGAUCGAUCUAUCAUUGGGAGAUAUUACAGUCCUGCAGCAUUGAUGAGUGAUCAAGCAAAGAUGACUUGGUUGGAGCCUGAUCGAAAUCCGCUGCCAAAUUCAUUAGAGGAGCUAGACAAACGAGAAUUGGGUUUGGAAGAUGCGACUCCUGGCAUGUGCAGUUCCUUGGGGUGACUCGAGAAGAUCAGCUUGAAGGUAAAUACAUCGGAUAGUAUUAAAUCAAUACAUUUUAGGUAGACGUAGUUUUAGUUGGGCCUGCAUUCUGGGUUGGGUAUCUCCGCUUCAACUGGCGUAUCGCCUCCCUUGACUCUUCGCACAGCGACUUGGUCAUUGGAAAGCACAUCAUUUAAUAUACCUUUCUCACACAUCGUCAACAA